AUGGUCUCUUUUAAUAAGUUGUUGUUCAUUGGUUUGGUCGAGUCUAAGAAAGAAAAAGUUGAUGACUUCUUAAUUAGAAACUUAUGGCCUAAUCUUGAAUUUAAUUAUGCUUGGGUUCCUUUUGUGGGUUCUAGGUGGAUUUGUUUGGACUUUUGCUAUCAAAACACUUCUUUCCGCCAUAUUCUUGUUUAUGCUAGCAAUAUUACUUCAGAGAGAGUGCUUUUUUGGCAAGAGCUUCGGUUAUUACUGGAUGUCCCUAUGAUCAUUUUACUUAGCGGCGACUUCAAUGAAAUUCUACGUCCAGAUGAGAGAUUGAAUUGUGUUGGAUACUUGCCUUCGAUGUUAGCUUUUCAUGAUUUCAUCAAUUCGGCUGAAUUGAUUGAUCUUCCUAUUCACGGGAGGCAGUUCACUUGGAAAAAAUCUACCUCAAAAUCAAGAAUAGACAGAUUUCUGGUCUCUGCUGCGGCUGGUUUAUGUUGGCCGAAUAUUUCCCUCUCUACAUUGCCGCAGGGGCAGUCUGAUCAUGUGCCAAUUUUUUUUCGGUCAGCUACUAGUUUUGACUGGGGUCCGCGUCCUUUUCGCUCUGUUGAUGCUUGGUGGGAGCAUGAGGACUUCAGUACUUUUGGAUGGAACAAUGAUGUUUUUGGUGAUCAAAACAAAAUCAUUAAGGAUCUUAACUGUGAUAUUUUAGCAAAGGAGUUGGAGGCUGAAAAUAGACAAUUAUCGGAGAGUGAAGUUAAUGUUUUAGCAGCUAAGAGAAAUGAGGUUUGGGUGGCAGAAAAAAAGUGGAGUCUUUAUGGAUUCAGAAGUCUCGCCUUAAUUGGAGUUUAUCGGGUGAUAGGAAUUCUAAGUUUUUCCAUAGUAUCGCCUCUCAACAUCACAGAAACAAUCAUAUUUCUGCUAUUCGGGCAGGAGAUGUCGUCUAUUCAGAGCCAGAUGCGAUGCGAUUUCAUAUUAGGGGAUUUUUUAAUUCCCUUUAUAGUUGUUAAGGGAGAUUGCAGUACGACAUCUCCGGUUUGGGAGUUUAUUGAAAAUGAGGUUUUAUUUGCUAUCUCCUCUUUGAAUGAGAGAAAAGCGCCGGGUCCAGACGGGUUUAACUUCUUUUUCUACCGUCGUGCUUGGUCUUUCAUGAAAGCUGAUAUUCUUGAUAUGUUCUCGACCUUUCAUAGUACGUGUUCAUUGCCAAAAGGAAUUAAUUCUUCUUUCAUGGUUUUAAUUCCUACGGUAAUUGGCUCGUCGGAUAUCAAGGACUUCCGCCCUAUUAGCUUGGUGAAUUGUUUAUAUAAGCUUUUAUCGAAGACCUUGUCCUUGCGGUUAGCUCCUCUACUUUCUUCGCUUGUUUCGGAAAGUCAGCAUGCAUUCUUGAAAGGUAGGAGCAUUCUUGAAUGUUCUAUGAUUGCUAAUGAAUUAAUUCAUUUAGCAAAUAGGCGGAAGGAGAAACUUCUUGUUCUGAAGCUGGAUUUUCAGAAGGCUUUUGAUAGUAUUGAUUGGUUGUACCUUUUGACGGUUAUGCGUUGUAUGGGUUUCCCACAAUUAUGGCUGGAUUGGAUGUUCUACCGUCUUUCUUCGGCCACCUCGUCAAUUUUGGUUAAUGGUAGUCCUGUGGCUCCUAUUACUCUUCAGCGGGGAGUGCGUCAAGGUGACUCUAUCUCUCCUUAUCUUUUUGUCAUAGCUGUUGAAGGGCUGAAAUGUCUUCUCAAUAAGGCUAGUAAUAUGGGGUUCACACGUGGUUACUCUUUUUCGAGAGAGUUUGAUCCGGUGUCUCUCCUACAAUUUUCGGAUGAUACCCUCAUUUUUAUCCCAUAUGAUAUUGUUCAUUUGAAGAACUUGACUCGGAGUCUUCGUUGUUUUAAGGUUGUGUCUGACUUGAAGAUUAAUUUUCAUAAAAGUUCAAUUAUGGGAAUUAAUACCGGUGUUGGAGAGUUAGCUACAGCAACAAGUGUGGUGGGUUGUAAAACUGAGUCUCUGCCAAUCAAGUAUCUUGGUUUGCCUCUUGUGAGACGUCAGUUAAACUCAGGUUUUUGGGAUCAUGUUGUGGAUAGAUUUAAAUCGAAAUUGGCUUUAUGGAAAGGGUCUAUACUCUCCUCUGCAGGAAGGUUAAUUCUUAUUAAAUCUGUGCUAUUUAGUGUGCCUCUUUAUUUCAUGUUAGUUUUUAGUAUGCCAAUUGGGGUUCAGAGUAAGCUGGAAUCUUAUAUGAAGCGCUUUCUCUGGAAAGCUUGUGGCUCUAAUAUCUCGGAUUGGAACUCUCUACUUUUUGGUGAUAGUAAGAAAAUGUCCAGUAUAUGGAAAGGUAUUAGGAGGAAAUGUUGUGGUGAUAAAUUUGGAUGGAAUGUUUUUAUUGAUAAUAAUCGUUACAAGGUUGGUGAUGGUACUGUUGUUAGCGUUUGGCAUGAUAAUUGGUUAGGGGAUGGGAGGUUGAUUGAUCGAUUUCCUAAACUUUUUAAUCUAUCUAAUCAAAAACAAGCUUAUUUAGGUGAUAUUAGAAGCUUUGGUUGGAAGUGGAGAAGGAGGUUAAGAGGGUCGAAAUUGUUAUUAUUAAGGAGGAUUGAGAUUCUAUUUGAUGGGUUACACUUUGUUGAUGAUAGGGUGGAUGUUAUUAAAUGGAAUACUCCUUCGUCGGUUUUUUCGGCAGCAUCGUUUUGCAAAUUUCAUAGUCUGUCUGCUACUGCUGCCUUGCGAAGACCGACUGCCGCUGCUGAUUUUAUGGGUAUUGAUAGGAGUAUUUUACUCCUAUAA